GAUGGUUGUUACGAUGUGCAAAGGGAUCGACAAGCACUCUGUCUGUACGAGAGAGCAUCGGGAACAAGCAUCGUGCGGGAAUUUAUAGUAAUCCACUUCUUCUAAGUGUAAAUGUAGUGACUCACAAUCUCGUCCCACUUUUCCUCCCAAAUGAAAACUUAGUGCUUUUUUCACGUGGCGACGCUUUUAUUGCUUUUGCGACAUCAUUGGAGUUCCAUAUUUCGUUUUUUUCGCAUGGGAUUUCAAAACAUCCUAUUGUCAUCGAUUCAUUUUAUUGAUGGUCGUUUAUAUUUACAAUGUUAUAACAUUUUCCAUCCCCACCCCCACCGAAGGAAUUUAUGGUAAUAUCUCUAAGAAGUGAACAAUAACAUGUGGUCCUCUCGUAGAAUGUUCAGAGACAUGAUUGUUGUGUUGACUGCUGAUGUCUAUCCCCUCUUUCUCCAAAGCUGACCCCGAGGAGAGACAAGCGGGUUCGCUACUAGACACGUUUUUCGACAGUCUACCUUCCGCAAGUGCUGUUGUUUCAACCUUCGCCGGGACAAGGACUUCGCGAUCUUCUACAACUUCUGUUGGUGUUGUUGGUGCCGUUGCUGGUGGGGAAGGUGCAAAAAACAACAGUGCUGGUUCAUCAGGUGCGACGACAACCAGUGGUAGUAACAGCAGUGCCAGUACCACGGGCAACACUGUAGCUGCAACUGCAAAAGUAUCUGCAUCGCCGACCAAUACCACCAGCACAACUCCUAGCACUUCUAAUACCAACUUAACGGAGCAGCAGCCUACUGUUGCAUCUUCCCUGUCGCAGCAAUCAGUAGGAGGAGAUCUGAGAGCUUCUGUUUCUUCCCCUCUCGCUGCGCCAGCGACACGAACAAAGAGUGGCGACAAAAUUGCGAGUCCAAAAAUACCAAAUCUACUUGCGGUAGUACAGAGUAUACCAGAACAAGAAGUAGGACUAGUAGAGCUUAGUAGAGAAAGUCAAAGUCGUUCGUCUCAACAAAACGUUAGCACCAAUGUAGGAGAGCAGAAACCGGGAAAGCAGAUCGGUGAGCCAAUACGAUCAGAAGGCACCGCUGUCUUAGAAGUGACAUCUACGAAGGCAAAUCCGUUACCGCCUCCGACAUUGCUUGACCUCGCACGUCAGACUGGUGGAAUAUUUAGUCCCGCAACGAUCUUGGCAGAGCCAAAGGUUGUAGACGAAAACACCAAUAUCAGCACUACCUCUACUACGACUACCAUACAACUAGGACUAGAAAAUAACAAGAACAACGAGAUGCGCAUAGCUUCGCGUACUCCAACUGGCUCAAAAACCCGAAGCUCGGGUAGUCCCGCGAAGAGUCCCGAAGCCCGCGUAAAACCAAGAACUAGUGGACACCAUAGCGACAACCGCAAAUCCUUCGAACCUGAUGAUGGUGCUCCAGCGAGAGAUAGUAGCACGAGGGAUAGUAGAGCUAGAGAACUAGCCUCCACCGCAUCAGGUGCAGCAAGUACCGCCGCUGGCGGUCGUGGUGGUCUCAACCUAAUAGCGCUACAAGCUGGUAGUGGAAACAUGCCGAAGUCCGGACCGCCUAGUCGACUACCACAGGACUCCUCUGGGUCGUCUAGUUAUGGCUUGGCGUAAACGGGAUGAGUGCUUGUUAUUCCAUAACAGCACUGUUGUUUAUUUUCCGAUUCUGAGAAAUUUCGAUUAGGCUUUAUUAUCUUUUUGUUUUUCUCCUACGUCUAGAUCGACCAUCGAUAAUGAGAUUCAUGAUAAGCACUUACAAAGAAUGAGAAGUGUAUCAGAGUAUCUGUUGCUUCUAGUAAAUUCUCCGCCACAGCAUUCACCUUAUUUCCUUCUCUAAUCCCCUACAAGUGGAAACCCACCUCCAGCAAGGGUUUCGACGUCUUCCACCACGUCCGGUGGACGUCGAAACAAGACACCAGUCUCUGAGGCUAGGAGUAAGGAUCGAGUCUCCACCAAAGAGAUGUACGCGGCAGCCGAUGCAAAGGCAAUCCGAGAACUCUACCAAAAAAGGAUAGAGACGUUUGAAGCGGGAACUGUUGAACAGAAGAAUGUUGCUGUUGGACAGAAGACUGUUGCAGUACUAUGAAUUUCUACAAUCUUCUAAUUUGUGAGACCAACAGAGCUCUAUUCUUGAAUUUGUGAGACCUAUUCUGAGAUGAGCACGAAAGCAUGACGUGGAGAUAUAUUUGUGAGAUCUAUUCUUGAAUUUGUGAGACCAACAGAGAGUACCUAUAGCGUUCGGACAAAGCCAUACGGCCAUUUUUGUAACCUCUUAUUUAUCUUGUAUUCCAAUUUUUUCUCAUCUAACGGGUCUUUUUCAAUCAUGCACCAAUAUAUAUAAAACCCGCUUCUACCAGGUAAGCACGACUACAGCCGCUCGCCCAAAGUUCGGGAAAAUUGA